AUGGUUGGUGAACUGCAGGAGUACACCCGCGAACGCGUCGAAGUGUACCCUCUGGAACCACUUUCACGUAUUUCGGCGCGCAAUAUCGAAGGCAACGACAUUGUCCAGCCACCUCCUCUGGCCUCCUUGUCCAACCUUUCAGCACCAGUGAUCGCAGCGACGUAUGUAUAUGGUGACCUGGAAAAUCUAGAAGCGCAGCUUUGGUCAUUCGACGACUUUUUGAAGGAGAGUGCACAUAAAUGGUAUGAUGCGUCUGAUUCUCAUUGGAGGUCGCAACUUUUAGCUAUGGAGCAAACAAGCGCAUUUUUCUAUGGCACUCUUAUGCACCCGAAGAUUCUCAAACGGGUGAUUCGCAACGAUGGUGCCCAUCUACAAGUUUGUCCGGCGCUACUCUUGAACUAUACCCGCCACAAAGUCAAGUACGCGGAUUAUCCUGGAGUUAUUCCCUAUACGAAGAGCCGAGAGCUGUUCGAUCACGACCUGAAUGAAAUGGAAAAUAAUGGGCGAGGGACCUUAGUCGUUGGGUUGACUGCGAAAGACAUGGGUUAUCUGGAUAUCUUUGAGGGAUCUCAAUAUACUCGCGAACGAGUCAAGGUAUACCCUCUGGAAGCACCUGUUAGACUUUCGAAUCAUACAAUUGAGGAACACCCUUCUGCUCAUCCAGCGGCGACUGAACUCUCGGAUUUGGUGGAAGCGGUGACCUACGUUUUUAAAAACUGGAGACAUCUAGAACCAAAGCUUUGGUCGUUUGAAGAAUUCGUGAAAGAGAGCGCAUGGAAGUGGCAUUCUUGA